UGCCUUCUCUCUAGAAGGAUUCGUAAAUGCCCGGACUGACGAGCCGCCGCAGCUCAUCUAGCAGGCUCCAGGCCUCUCCCGUCACAAUGGCCAACGAGCCAGACUCUGUCAAUCCCAGCCACGCUCUGUUUGACCGCUUUGUCCAGGCGCAGACGUGUAAAGAGACACAGCAGAACUUCAUCGAACUCUGUCGCCAUCUGAAGGUCAAGCCGAGGGACUACAAGCACUUCUACAGCAAACUGAAGGACAGACUCAACUACUGGAAAGCCAAAGACCUCUGGCAGAAGAUCGACAAGAGAGCCGCCCAUCCGGACUAUGAACAGGGUCAGGCAUGUCACCAAAACAAGUGUUUAGUGUUGGGUGCGGGUCCAUGUGGUCUCAGGACAGCGAUUGAAUUGGCUCUACUAGGUGCUCAGGUAGUUGUACUGGACAAAAGAGUGUCUUUCAUGAGGAAUAACGUCCUGCACCUGUGGCCGUACACCAUUCGAGACCUUCUCAACCUUGGUGCAAAGAAAUUCUAUGGCAGAUUCUGCAGUGGAUCCAUUCAUCACAUAAGUAUCCGUCAGCUGCAGUUGAUUCUGCUGAAACUGGCUCUGAUUUUGGGGGUCGAGGUGCACACAGGUGUGACCUUUGAAGGUCUGCUUGAACCAGCAGGAUCCACAGGAUGGAGGGCACAGGUGUCUCCUGGGUCCCACACAGCUGCUGCUUUUGAGUUUGAUGUUUUUAUUUCAGCUGGAGGGGGAAGAUAUGCGCCUGAUGGUUUUAAGAUAAAGGAGCUCAGGGGAAAGUUGGCCAUCGGUAUCACUGCAAACUUCGUAAACCGCCGCACUAAACAAGAGGCUCAGGUGCAGGAGAUCAGCGGCGUGGCACGAAUAUACAACCAGAAAUUCUUCCAAGAGCUCCAGUCUGAGAUCGGCGUUGAUCUAGAGAAUAUUGUCUACUACAAAGAUGAUACUCACUAUUUUGUGAUGACUGCAAAAAAGGGGAGCUUGUUAAAAAAAGGAGUGAUAAAGCAGGACUUUCCUGAUGUCAAUCAGCUGCUCGCACCUGCAAACGUCAACCAGGAGGCCCUGCAGGAGUACGCAUACGACGCCGCUGACUUCUCCACAGAUCACAUGCUGCCGGACCUGGAGUUCGCCAAGAACCACGCGGGCCGUCCGGACGUGGCCAUGUUUGACUUCACCUGCAUGCACAGGGCAGAGAACGCCUCUCUGGUGAAGGAGAGGAAGGGGAAGAGACUGCUCAUCGCAUUGGUGGGAGACUCUCUAGUAGAGCCGUUUUGGCCUCUGGGCACUGGCAUUGCUCGAGGUUUCUUGGCUGCGUUUGACACGGCGUGGAUGGUCAGGAAUUGGGGAAAAGGUGUGCUACCCCUGGAGUUGUUGGCGGAGAGGGAGAGCAUGUAUCAGUUACUCUCUCAAACGACUCCAGAAAACACCAGCAAGAACUACGCAUCCUACAGCAUCGAUCCUUCCACACGUUACCCGAACGUCAGCCUGUCCUGUAUCAAACCCACACAGGUCAAGCGUCUGUAUGACAUAGAGGAUUGUAAAGCCAAGAAACAGAUGAAACCCAUCAUAAUAAUUAAACCUAAAAAAGAGUCUCUCAGGCGUCUGGAGGAUCUGCUGUCCUGGUGUCAGAAGAACACAGCGGGGUACAAACAUGUGAAGGUGAAAGACCUGAGUGAGUCCUGGAGGUCCGGCAUGGCUCUCUGCGCUCUCAUCCACAACUUCAGACCUGAACUCAUUGACUUGUCUAGUCUAGAUGAAUAUAAUAUCACUGGGACCAAUAAGUUGGCCUUUGACCUCAUGGAGAGAGAGUUUGGCAUCACUCCCGUCAUGCGUGCCAGUGAAAUGACCACCUGUGGGAAAAUUGACCAGCUCUCUAUGGUCGUCUACCUCACACAGAUACGCAACGCUCUCACUGAGAAAGAGACCCCAGCAGAGUGCUCCAACAGCCUCUCACCCAACAACAAGACCCUCUCGCUGUCCAGAACCCGCUCGGCCGCCUUCUUCCUCAACACGCUCAAGCGCAACUCCCUCCAAAGACGCAAGGACAGACUGGCAUCGGAGAAAGGACCAAGACAGCAAAAGAUGAAGGAGAAAGAAGAGGAUAAGGAUGUGAAAGAGGAAAAACCUGUGGUGCCAGUGUCCUCAUCAGAGGUGGGCGGCAGUGAGCUCUGUUAUUUCUGCAACAAGCAUCUGUACGUGCUGGAGAGAGGAAGUGCAGAGGGCAAGUUCUUCCAUCGCAGUUGUUUCAAUUGUUAUCAGUGCGGCUCCACUCUGCGGCAGGGCGGAUACACUUUUCACUCCGACACGGGGAGAUUCUACUGUGAGCUGCACUCAGCAGCCGAGGAAGAGGAGGGUGAUGAAGGUCACAGAGGCUCACAGAAUCAUGUUGAAAAUGGCCUUAAUGAGGAGGAUGAGAAGGAGAAAACUCAAAAUGGUGAACCCGUGGAGAUUUCAUCUCCUCCUCCACACGUCUCCGUAAGAAGGAAGGGCUCGUAUAAGAUCUCCGUUGACCCUGACUUUGAAGAAUUGGCUGAGUGUCUUACUCCCACAGAGCAAAAAGACCAACCGCCAUCCAACUCUCAUGAACCGAACAAACCCUCAGAGCUCAAUCCGGAGUGCACAGGCAUCAAGAACCAACAAAAUAACGGCAGUGCAUCCGUUCCAGUGCCGGCCCCGCGAGCGUCCAAAGCUCCACUGUACCCUCCGCUCCCAAAACCUCGUACGGUCCAUAACGUGGUGCCUCAACCCUCACAUGCCCCCAAGGAAUCAGAGCAGAACCAAGAGGAAACUCAUUACAACCUCCCGCCGGAAUCCAAAUCCAAACUGUCCCUGCGUAAACUUCAGCUGAGCGAAGAGGAGAAGGCCGAGCUGCUCAGCCAGGAUUCAGACACGGAGACGCCCGCCUCGUCUUCUGCUGCCUCCACCUCCUCUUCCUCCAAGCAGCACGAAGGAGGUGAGGAGGAGGGCUACUGGAGCGGAGGCACUGCGACCGGGAAGAGCUUGCGGAACCGGUGCUGCAUGAGAAGGAAGAGCGAACCGCCACCUUCCACACAGUCGCAACACGGAAAGAUGCGCUCCAAGUUUUCCCCAUGGAAUCUGUCUUCACCUCGACUACAGCAGCGUUUCAGUGUCCUCAGAGUCGCACCUUCAGGACAAUCUCAGCCAGAUCAUUAUGUAUCAGAUGAUAAUGAAGAAGGUGUUGACGAUGACAAAGAGGAGGAUGAAGAGGAUCUUCAAGGAGAAGACCAUUAUUUGGAUUGCAAGGGGGCUGAUUUUGAGAUUUCGGAGUCAGAGAAACGAGAUCUAAAGAGGAUGAAAACUCUGGAGCGGAAAGCAAAGCUGAGCGAAAUCCAGAGCUUCCACAAAGCUCAGACAAUUCAGAGACGUCUGGAUGAGAUAGAAGUGACCUUUAAAGAGCUGGAGGAGAAAGGAGUGGAGCUGGAGAGAGCUUUGAGAGGAGAGGCUGGUUCAGACCCAGAAACGAUUGAUCAGUGGAUUGAUCUGGUCCAGGAGAAGAACAGUCUGCUCUCAGAGGAGUCCGAUCUCAUGGUGGCGUCUCGACAGCUGGAGCUGGAAGACAAACAGAGCAUGUUAGAGAUGGAGCUACGGAGAUACAUGGAAAUGGAUGACUCUGAGAAAACCCCUGAGCAGCGAGAACAUGAGAAUCGGGUCCUGCAGGAGAUGCUGGAUGUGGUGGACAUGAGGGAUUCACUGGUGGCCUUCCUGGAGGAGAAGAGGUUGAAGGAAGUCAAUGAUGAACUGCUGAGGAACUCCGUACUGGAGGCCAAGAGACAUUCAACCGCAGCAUCCCAGGUGCUCUGGGACUAAGACACCACAAACACACACAACGUGUUUGAGUGCCACAACACACCAUAAAGUUCAUCAUUUACUCAUCCUCAUGCCGUUAUAAACCUUCUAUCACUUAUGUUUUGUGGAAAACAAAAGGAAAAAGUUGCAUGAUGUUCUCUUUUUCAUUCAAUGAAAUAAAUGAUAAAAUCAUCAUAAAAGUAGUUACAAGUCCUUGAAGCCACAUGAUUGAUAUGAAGUUUAUUAGGUUUUCAUAUAAAGUUUUAAAAGUCGUUUUUCAGACUCAAAUCACAGCUUUGUUUAGUUUCAGUGAUGCCAAAUAUUAACCGUUCUCAUCUGCCUCAUAACCAGUUUUGCAGUGCUUAAAAAUUUCAGUGAACCAUGACUUGCAUUUUAUAGCAUAGAAAGCAGAAAGAAAGUCAUACAGAUUUGCAUUGACAAGAGGGUGAAUAAGUGAUGACAGAAUAUUUAUUUCAGUCACACAAUAUAAACAAACCCUAUGACUUGUGGGCACAAAUGCAUACAUUGCACAACUUUGUGCAGAGACUCUGCUCUUGAAAACCAAAGAGUUCAACGCAUCUGCGCACACAGGUUUAUGACACUCGAGAUUUGGAAACUAGUGCCAGCCGCUACGGUCUCACUCCAACAUAAAUGUGCUUUGAGAUGGAUACAGAAACUCUGGAGACUGUAGAAAAUGUUGUGGAACUGCACAUCCAUCGCAGCCUUCACUGCCCAGACACAGCCUUUUCACAAGACUCACGCUCAAACACACAGACUUUACUGGGGCAGAUGUUUGCAUACACGUGUGCAAUUGAGUCUAUCAAGGUCAUGUAUGUUCUAAAUAUCAAAAUUAUUAAAGCUUAUUUCUACAACAGAAUUUAAAAACUGAAAAGGUAAUUGAGUUUUUAUCUAAAAAUUUGGACUUUUGCAAGUGCACAAUUGCAAGAUGUAGUUAGUUAGCUGUAAGAAAAAACAAUUAUAACAGAAAACUGAAUUGUGUGAUGUAAAGUCAGAAUUCGGAGAGAAAAAAAGUCAACCUAGUUUUCA